AUGAGGCCUGGCCUAAAUCCUGUAGAGCACGUUCGGAAGGAGCUGAAAGACGCCAUCUGGAAAAGGAAGACUACAAACCUGAGAAGACUGGAGCAGUUUGCUAAUGAGGACUGGAACAAAAUACCUGCUGAGAGGAACAGAAUUUCAGAUACUUUCACUGUUUCAGUGAGGUCUCCUAUCACAGUUCAGCGAGGCCAAACAGCCAUCUUACCCUGCUGGCGCAGUUCCUCUCAGAGUGCAGAAGAUCUAGAGGUACGCUGGUAUUUGGGCGGUGAUGGAUUUGAUACUCCAGUCAUGCUUUAUAAGGGAAAAGCUUUUGACCAAACAUCCCAGAAAGCUUCAUACGCUGGCCGAGUCUCAUUUGGCUUAAAGGAAGGAACAUCAGGAGGGUUAAAGUCAGGUGAUGUCAGCCUGAAGCUGGAGAACGCCAUGAUUGAAGACACAGGAACCUACACUUGCUUUCUCAGCAGCUCUGAGGAAUAUGCCAGUGCUGCUGUUAGUCUGACAGUGACAGAAACUGGACGUCAUCCUCUCCUUUCAGCAGUGAUUAAAGACGAUAACAAUGUUAAUAUAAGCUGUGAAUCUGAAGGCUGGUAUCCAAAGCCUGAGCUGCACUGGUCAGAUGGGAAAAAAGCUCUCACUCCUGGUGUUGUGGUGUUUGACAAAACCUCUGAAGGGCUUUAUUCAGUCCACAGUUGGCUCCUCCUCCCAAGUUUGUCUGAGGUCUCCUGUUCUGUUGGGCUUCCCAAUGAAAUGCCAAAGGAGGCCAGAAUGCAUAUUAAACAUUCCCCAUGUGUACAAGAAGAGUCAGGAUGCUCCCCAGCUGGAUGGGUGGCCUUUGGCAUGCUUCUAGCAGCUGUAUUAGCUGCUGGUGGAGCACUAUAUUUCAGAAACAAAGGUACAUGUUUGAUUUAA